GCCCCACUGCGUCACGAGUGCAGGUGCAGGUGCAGCACGCCCGCAAGUGGCCGACGUAUCUGCGUGCAAACCUACAGGUGCCACAGCAUCAAAGAUGGGCCUGUUUUCGAAGAAGGACAAAGCGCCCAGGGCGCCCAGCAACCCGCCACCACCACCGCUCUCGAGCUCGCAGUCCGGAUCGUCGCUCAACUCGGGCUCCUCGAGCAUCAUCGCGCCCGUCAACACAAGCGCCCGCGUCAUGAACCGCACGUCGGCCGGCACCACGAGCACUGGCGGCGGGCCCGGGACCCCGCUCACCCCGUUUUCGCCCGGUCCGAUUCCCAACAUCGCGAUGCCUCGGCCCCCGGAUCCGCAGCUCGACCCCGCCGGCUACCUGCGCAGCUUGGGUGCCGUGCGGGAACGGUGCAGGAUCGUGACGGAGAAGGCGCGCAGAAACGAGCUGCACCACUUCGACGUGGACAUGCGCAAGUUCCCGGACGUCGUUUCGUUUGUUGCUAACAUUAUCAAGCGCGACUACGAUGCGCCGUUCACGAGCAUCCCGCCACACGGCCGGUACCAGCAUUUCGGGGUCGGUGGACGGGACAGGAUCGCGCAUCUUCUGGCGACAUGGCCGGAGGAAAUCGACAACACGGAAAAGUGCAAGCGCUUGAUCGAUCUGUUCCUGGUCAGCGUGCUGCUGGAUGCCGGGGCUGGGACCCAAUGGAGCUACAGGAGCGCCGAGAACGGGCGGGUCUACAGGCGGUCUGAGGGCAUCGCCGUCGCGAGCCUGGACAUGUUCAAGGCGGGCCUGUUCUCGGGCAGCAAAAGCAACAAGUACCAGGUGGACAAGGAAGGCCUGCGGAGGUUGACGGUGGAAGCCCUCGCCCAGGGGCUGCAGUCCCGGCCCGGGAACGAGAUGGCUGGCCUCGAGGGCCGAGCCCAACUGCUCAUUCGGCUUGCCGAUGCGCUGGAGCAAAGCAGGGAGUUCUUUGGCGAAGACGGUCGGCCAGGCAACAUGCUCGACCACAUCCUCUCCCACCCAGCAACGCAGGCCUCCAGCGUCAUCAUCGUACCGAUGCCCGUCCUCUGGAACGUGCUCAUGAACGGCCUCGCCCCCAUCUGGCCGCCAUCGCGGACCGCGAUCAACGGCGUCUCGCUCGGCGACGCCUGGCCCUGCUCCUCCAUGCCGCAGCCCGCCCAGUCGCCCGCCAGCCCGACCUUCUCGCCCUUCCCCAACGCGACGGGCCAGUCCAACGGCGUGGCACCGUGGGAGAGCAUCCUGCCGUUCCACAAGCUCACCCAGUGGCUGACGUACUCGCUCAUGCAGCCCAUGCAGAGCAUCCUCAAGGUCCAGUUCGCCGGGCAGGAGCUGCUCACCGGCCUGCCCGAGUACCGCAACGGCGGCCUGUUCGUCGACCUCGGCGUGCUGACGCUCAAGCCCGCCGACCUCGAGCGCGGCCUGCGCCACUACGCCGAGUACUGCGCCCGCACCGGCUCCGGCGGCGUCGAGGUCGCCCCCAUGUUCGAGCCCGGCGACGACGUCAUCGUCGAGUGGCGCGGCGUCACCGUCGGCUUCCUCGAUAUGCUCACCGUCGAGGUGAACAAGGCGCUGCGGAGCGAGCUGGCGGGGCAUGAGCUGAGCCUGGCGCAGGUUUUGGAGGCGGGGAGUUGGAAGGGAGGCAGAGAAAUUGCCGAGGUCUCCCGGCCAAAUACCAAGGAACCGCCGAUUCUGAUCGAGAGCGACGGGACGGUGUUCUAGAUGGAUGGGGAUGGCAUUCACUUGAGGGGGCGGCUCAGUUGCUUUUUGUCAAGGAAGGCAUACAGGGGAAUGGCUGGUGGGGAGUCGGAAGGAUGAGUGGCUCUGCUGUGCUUACGGUGGUUCAAUCGUGUAUCGUACUGGUCUGUGUUCAUCAAUGGGCCUUGUUCAUUACCUUCCAUCGGAAUCAUCACAUGCAAUUUUCUCGUC